UUGGGUUUUGUCAUUGCUCACGGUAGGAGCCUUCUCUGUCUUUCCCAGCCGCCUACUUUCAAUCUUUUUUUAAAGUAAAAUGUAUACUAGUAGUAUGGCAAAGAAGGAACCUUACGAAAGGAAUUCGUUUUAUAAUCUCCGACCUUUACCGUCAAGAGGAACAAGAAAGCGAAAUCCCGAUGAAGAUUUUAUUCUCCGUGGUCGUCGAACUCCUGUUAGGUUGAAGCCUCAGAACUACCGAACCAACUCUGAGAUGACCAUAUCUGCUGCAGGAGUUACACAUAGAAGCAUGAGAACACCCUCAAGGCAAUUGGUGAAUUUUCAGGAAUCACAGACGUCUGAUGAAGAGUUAGACCCAGAUGAUUUAGCUUUGGACUUGUCAGAAUUUGCUGAUGGACCAGAAGAAGAGCUUGCUAGGUUGAAAGAUAAAUCAAGUGAAAAUGAUACAUUUUUGAACAGUACUUACAACUCAGACAAUUGGUUUAUAAAGCCACUUCACCGGACAACAAGUGCACCAGUUGACAUUGAGGAAAUUGCCAGACAACAGCCUCUUAAAGCUUCUGUGUUAAGGUCAGCUAUGGAAGGAAAUGUGACAAGUGUUCCCAGUGAAAAGAUCAGGACAACACCAAUCAAUGACUUUGAUUUGUCACUCUUUAGAGAAGCAGAAAAUCACAUGUUAAGUUCACGAACAAUAAGUGCUUUAGCAACACCAUAUCAAGAAGAACUGGCUAGGUUAAGAUUAGACAGGCUGCGUUUAGAGGAGGAAAGGCUUCUCAAAAAAAAAUGUGUGGAUGAACUUGAAAGAAUCCGUGGACCUAAACCUAGGUGGUAUGAACUCAAGACUCCUGAAUUUCACUGUGAAGCAAAGAGGAACAAUGAUAUACUAUCGCUGUCAGGCCACUAUGAAGAUAUCAUGGAAUACAGAAAACAGCUUUUGUCUUGUGUUGGAGAAGAAAAGGUUGCACAAUAGUGGUGGUGGACUGUGAACCUUGCACAUAAAAAUAAGAAAUGUAUAUUUUUCAUGCAAAUAUCAUUUGCUUUAAGAUGGAAGUUUCUAUCACAAACUUUCGCGUCAUUAUUUUUUUACUGAACUUUCAGAUCUGAAUAAAAUUUUUUGUUCCUAACUGAUUAUAAAGCUAUGAGUGUUUUAUAUAAUUAUAUUGGUAUUGGCUUCAGUUAGUUUUGUUUAAAUG